AUGUCCAAGCUUACCGACUUCAAGCUCCUCUCUUUCGAUGUGUAUGGCACCCUGAUAGACUGGGAGGCGGGCGCUUUGACCGCCCUCCAGCCCCAUCUUAAGAAGUCUGGUCAAGAGAACAUGGAUCGCAAGCACAUUAUGCAAGUCAUGCACAAGAUCGAGGCCAGAGUUGAGAGCGAACACGGCCAUCUCAAGUACUCAGAGGUACUCGCCAUGGUGCUUCCUGAGUUGUGUGAGAAACUUGGUCUGGAGAAGCCCAGUGAACAAGAGAACAAAGCAUUUGGAGCGAGUAUCGGACACUGGCCUGGAUUCGCUGAUAUACCAUCUGCUUUGGAGAGGUUGUCCAAGUACUUCAAGCUUGUCGUUCUUUCCAACGUCGACCAUGAUUCAUUCAAGAUCGGAAAUGCGAACGGGCUCAAGGGAUACAAGUUCGACGCCGUCUACACCGCCCAAGACAUCGGAUCUUACAAGCCCGACCUAAGGAAUUUCGAAUACAUGCUGGCCAAAGUGAAGGAGCAAUUCGGAGUCGAGAAGCACGAGGUGCUGCAAACGGCGCAAUCUCAAUAUCACGACCACCACCCAGCAAAGGACAUGGGAAUCAAGAGUUCAUGGAUUUACAGGCCGGGUGCGGUCAUGGGAAACCGCGAUGAUCCUGUAUAUAACUGGAAGUUCGACACGUUGGCCGACAUGGCGGAUGCCGUGGAAAAGGAGGCCGCAGAGCAGGGAAAGUAG